CCAUAAGGUACAUUAGACAAUUCCAUGUUCCGCGUCUCGUUGCGCGUUACACAUCUGUUCAAAGCACAUAUAAAAUACAUUUUAGAGGAUAUUGGAUGUGGAAGGUAUACGAUUGGACGUCCAUUGCGUUACACCGCUAACUUACUAACGCAUGGUUCACUGGGCACUAGACGUAACAAAAUGUCGGCAUCUGUUGAUGCCAGUGGCACCUUUAGUCCAGUUGACGACAAGGUUGACUUUCCUAAGGAGGAGGAGUAUGUGCUGAAAUAUUGGCAGGAAAUUGAUGCUUUUCAUACUGCCAAUAAGUUGGCAGCUGGCAGACCAAAGUUUAACUUUUACGAUGGGCCUCCUUUCGCAACUGGACUCCCACAUUACGGUCAUAUACUAGCUGGUACUAUUAAGGAUGUCGUCACACGUUAUGCAUACCAGACUGGACAUGAUGUCGAAAGGCGUUUUGGUUGGGAUUGCCAUGGUCUCCCUAUUGAAUAUGAGAUCGACAAGACCAAUAAUAUCAAACACCUGAGUGAUGUCCUUGAGAUGGGCAUCAGUGUCUAUAAUGAAAAGUGCCGUGAUAUUGUCAUGCGGUAUUCCUCUGAAUGGCGGACUAUAGUUGCCAGGACUGGCCGUUGGAUCGAUUUUGACAACGACUACAAAACGUUGAACACCAACUAUAUGGAGACUCUAUGGUGGAUAUUUAAACAACUCUAUAGCAAAAACCUUGUUUACAGGGGAUUCCAGGUAAUGCCGUAUUCUAUGGCCUGCACUACACCGGUAUCUAAUUUCGAGGCUAAUUUGAAUUACAAAGACGUUACUGACCCAGCGGUAUAUGUGGCGUUCCAUUGUAUCGACGAGCAGCUUGACAUGGUUGCAUGGACAACUACUCCAUGGACACUGCCUUCAAAUAUCGCCCUUAUUGUGAACCCCGAUUUUGUGUACGUUGUGCUACACCAUGAACAACGUGGCGCCAACUAUGUAGUUGCCGAGUGCCGAAUGGAACCAUUUUGCAACGAAACUCGCUUUGUUUUGGAUAAGGAUAUCCGGGUAUCACGUAAAAUCCAGGGAUCAGAGCUGAUUGGUAAACGUUAUGAGCCGCUUUUUGACUAUUACAGAUCGGAGCCUGGAUUUAGUGAUGAGCAGCGUGCUCAUUCAUAUGUUGUUGUUGGCGACUCCAUGGUAACAGCUGAUGCUGGUAGUGGUAUUGUUCACUGUGCACCUUACUAUGGUGAAGAAGAUAUGAAGGUUUGCAAACGUCACGGAAUCCUACGCGGUGCGCUACCAGAUUUGGUUGACGAGAGUGGCAAUUUCAGGUCACACCUGGCGGACAUUGGUGGUAUGUACAUCAAGGACGCUGACAACGUGAUUAAAAAGCUUCUAAAAGAACGAUCUAGUUUGGUACACGCAGGCAGCGUGGUACAUUCAUAUCCGUUUUGUUGGAGAAGUGACACUCCCCUAAUAUACCGUGCAGUUAGCUGUUGGUUCAUCAAGGUCGAGGACUAUCGCGAGGACAUCUUGCGUUGCGUUGAACAGACUCGAUGGGUACCUAGCUUCGUGAAGGAUAAAAGAUUUCGUAACUGGAUCGCUGAUGCUCGUGACUGGUGCGUCAGCCGCAACCGUUUUUGGGGUACUCCAAUACCACUCUGGGUAAGUGAAGAUUAUUCCCAGGUUGUUUGUAUCGGAAGCAUUGAGGAAUUGGAACGUCUCUCUGGUAAGAGGGUGACUGAUCUACAUAGACACUACGUCGAUGAGAUUGAGAUUCCUGACCCUCGAGGGCCUGAAUAUAAACCAUUGCGGAGGAUACCUGAAAUUUUUGACUGCUGGUAUGAAAGCGGGUCCAUGCCAUACGCAAAGAUGCACUACCCUUUUGAGAACAAGGAGCUGUUUACGGAGAUAUUCCCCGCUGACUUUGUAGCUGAGGGUUUGGACCAGACACGUGGAUGGUUCUACACUCUUAUGGUUAUCUCAACUCACCUAUUCAACGCCCCGGCAUUCCGCAAUAUUAUUGUAAACGGACUUGUCCUUGCAAGUGAUGGGAAAAAGAUGUCUAAACGAUUAAGAAACUUUGCUGAUCCAGUUGAAGUUAUUAACCAGUAUGGUGCAGAUAGUGUCCGCCUAUACUUAAUAUCAUCCCCCGUUGUCCGUGCUGAACCCCUACGCUUCGUUACAGAGGGUGUUCGUGGUAUCCUAAAGGAUGUGAUACUGCCAUGGUUCCACGCGUAUCGAUUUUUGGUGCAGGAGGCCUCUAGAUACGAGAUGGUAACAGGCAAUCGAUUUAUUCCCAGUACCGAGAUUACAAUGAAUUCAUAUUGCGUCAUGGAUCUAUGGCUACAUUCCAUAACGCAGGAUCUAAUCGCCAAUGUGCAUAGCGAGAUGAAGGCAUACAAACUCUACAAUGUACUUCCUCACCUAUUGGAGUUCCUUGAGCAGCUUACUAACUGGUACAUUCGUAUUAAUCGUGAACGUAUGCGUGGCACAUUUGGAGAGGAUGACUCCUUUGUUGCAUUAUGUUCCCUUUAUAACUCCUUGGAUGCAUUCACACGGUUGAUGAGCAUGUUUGCCCCCUUUACAUCUGAGAUGAUAUAUUCUAAUCUCAAGCGCGCUUCCACGUCUCCAAGUGCUAGCGUGCACUUUGUGAUGUUGCCUCAGGCCAGCGGGUCGGUCGACGAAGAUAUUACGCGCAAGGUUCAUAUAAUGCAGCAAGUAAUCCUCCUUGGACGUACAGUACGUGAAAGAAGGCGUGUCUCACUCAAGACACCAAUUGCCGCCAUCAAGGUGAUCCAUGAGGACGAACGUGUCCUGGAAGCGGUACGCGAAUUGGAAACGUGGGUGAAGGACGAGCUCAACGUGAUGAAUAUUGAGUAUUCCAUGGAUGUUUCUUGCAUCAGUUGCCAGAUUGCCCCUAACUUCAAGGUGCUGGGAUCACGUCUUGGCACUAGCAUGAAACAAGUUGGAGCUGCGAUAAAGGGUAUGUCCCAGGAUGACAUAGCCAAAUUUGAGUCAAAUGGCUCCGUCGAUAUAAUGGGUCACCACAUAACAUUGGAUGAUGUUUUCAUCACACGGCUCAUUGACACCAGUGCCUUGUCAAACCCCAACGUGGACGGUGAUUCUAACCGGGAGGUGGCUGUGCUUCUAGACUUUACAAGUGAUGAGUCGUUACAGUGGAUGGCAUAUGGGCGUGAAGUAUGUAACAGAGUGCAAAAGUUGCGAAAGGAGCUGAGGCUAUCAGUAAACGACAAAGUAAACAUAUAUGUGCAACUUGCCAGCGAUGAAUGCUUUGAUAAGUUCUCUGCACAGAGCGACUACUUGUCUAAAACAUUGAGACACGCCAUUUCAAUAACACGCAACAUACCAACAGGUGGAAAUGUACACACGGCAUCUUUUGAAGUAGGAGAGCACAGCUUCACUAUUGCAUUAGAGUUGUGCUAACGUCUUAACAUCUGU